UCGGGGAAUGAUCAUACCAUACUAUCGUAUCUCUUGCGGCCCAUUGUGUCUUUGGCGUGCAUGAGCGGGUGAAGGUCAGAAGGAGGAGCCGAGCACUCUUCGGUCACCGCCUCAUUACUAACUCCAUCUGGUCCAUCUCCCACACCUGCCUUGCCCCCGCCCCUCCCUUCCUCCUCCGCACGCUCCUUCAGUAUGUGUCAUUUCUCGAACGUGGUCCAGUCUGAUAUCUGAUUUCUGACUUCUGGCGCCGGAGCUUGAAGUGCUGCAUGUGGCCGAUGACUUUUCCCCCCUGCGUGACGUAAUUUCUGCUGUCGCUCGGGCUUUUGAUCCGGAAGAUCGGGCUUCGAAGUCAUUACAGUCUUUGCCUUCGACGCGAGGGGAUGAUUUACACCGCUCUCGAUACUUUCUACCUCACGAAUGAGCAAAUUCAAAAUUCGCCAUCCCGGAAGGAAGGCGUUGAUGAGGAGACGGAGGCAAGUCUCCGUCUCUAUGGCUGUGAUAUGAUACAGGAAGCUGGCAUCUUUUUGAGAUUGCCACAAGCUGUUAUGGCCACCGGACAAGUGUUGUUUCAUCGUUUUUACUGCAAGAAGUCGUUUGCGCGAUUCAAUGUGAAGAGGGUAGGUGCUAGUUGCUUGUGGUUGGCAGCAAAGCUCGAGGAAAGUCCUCGAAAAAUUCGUGAUGUUUUGAAUGUUUUUCACCGCAUGGAACGUCGGAGAGAAAAUUUACCGUUGGACUUGUUGGAUCAUUUUUCCAAGAAGUACGAAGAAAUGAAAACCGACUUGAUUACCACUGAGCGUCAUCUUUUGAAGGAGAUGGGGUUCAUUUGUCAUGUGGAGCACCCUCACAAAUUUAUCAUCAACUAUCUAUCUCAGUUGGAAGCAGGAGAGCUUAUGCAAGAAGCCUGGAAUAUGGCAAAUGACAGCUUGCGGACAACUCUUUGUGUUCGAUUCAAGAGCGAGGUUGUGGCUUGUGGAGUUGUUUAUGCUGCUGCGCGGAGGAAUUUAGUGGCGUUGCCCGAAAAUCCACCGUGGUGGGAAGCAUUUGACGCUCAAAAGCCGGAUAUCGAUGAAGUCUGUCGGGUUCUAGCUAAUCUUUACCAGCAACCAAGGCCUAGGUACAUAGAAGUUGGAAAAGAUUCUAGGCCUUUUGUAUUGACAAGUCGAGCUUGGGACCCCCCGCCAUCAGAUGUUCAGGAAAGCUUGCUCAAGACAGCUGCAGUAGCCGCAGGCAAUGGAGCCGUUUCUGUACCCGUACCUCCAACCACCUCAGGUGUUGAUGGUCCGCCGAUUAUUGAAGCCGCGGUCACCAAAGUUCUUAUUGAGAGGAAAAACGUCGCCACGAAGGACGCGAGGAAGCCUGCUGACGAGGCUCAAAUACCUACUACGAAUGGUGAUGCCAGGGACCACGCUACUACGGGGAAGGCAAAGCAGUUAAACGACAGAGAUGAUGGAGGCGUGGAGAAAAGUAGGGAUAAAGAACGUGAUAGAGGUGCCGAACGUGAUCGUGACAGAGAUCGAGAUUGGGACCGCGACAGAGAAAGGGACCGAGACAGGGCUCGGGAACGAGAAAGAGAAAGGGAUAGGGAUAAAGAGAGGGAACGGUUGAAGGAAAGAGAUUAUCGAAUCAAGGACAGGAGUAGGGAUUCUGCAGGUCAUUCAGACAAAUCACGACACCAUUCGUCGUCUAGAGAGCGGGACUUUCAAAAUGCUCAUCCAGUGACGCGAGAUAAGGAAAGGCAUCGGCAUCGGCAUCACCCGUACGCAUGAUGGAGGAUGAAACCGUAGAUAAUUGCAGUUUUUUAUUGCAUUAGUUGGAGCAUUAAAGGAUCUGGCCAUUCAAGGGGGAUCCUUGACUUGACCUCUAGCUGCAUGUUUGCUUAGUGGCUGGCUCGCCGGUGUUUGACCCGGCUUAUGCUUACCACUUACUUCCCUUGAGAAUUGCUUGUAGGAUAUACUAAUGUCUGCCAAGCAGCGAGAAGAGAGUGGUGGAACGGGACUGGAGAGGAUUUCGUGGCCACAAGCUAAAGAUGGAGGGAGCCAUUCAUCAACCCCACGCCCUUUGUUACAACGAAGCACAUUGCUCACGGCGUGCAUCCUCAUUUCUAAGUUGGUGGUAAGUGCGGGAUGGCAGUUGUUGCUGCAAUACCAUCACUGCAGCAGGUACUCCUAACAGAUCCCAGGUGCAUGAGCUGUGGAAACAAAUCUGCAAUAUGUGGGUUGCUCCUUCUUUUCCAAAAUAAUAGGAGCUAGUUGCAAAUGUGUUAUUUUUACCAUUGUUCGCUUGAAUGCUUCCGUCUCCAAUUAGCAGUGGACUUGACCACUGAGGAGGCUAUCCCCUUGGCUUCGUCAUUCGUUAAUCCCAGUAGUGUUCGGGUCAGUAAGUUAGUAAGGUCAGAUCUUCGACGAGGCAACUGUUAGCAUAUAGAUAUCAAUCAAUGAAGCCUAAUCCCCUAUGUGGUGUGCGAUUUGAGAAAGAGAACGCAUAAGUACACACGCUGUUUUGGUGGGGGCUAUAUAUGAGCACUCGUACUAGUUGAGGUGGAUGGCCGGCUCAACUGAGACAAACUACGUGGAGGUUUUGAGCGUGCAAGGAUCUGCAUCAGGAUAAAGAAACAGGCAGGUAUCCAGAUGCAGGAUCUGAUAUGGUGGGGAGUCCGAAGGAUGUUUGUCUGGGCAACCUUAUAGAUGAUUGGAAUAAAAGGAAAAGUUUGGCUUCAAAUUGUGUGAUAGCGAGAUACGAGAGUUCCAUCCGUGGAGUAGUGCUGUCUACUAGUCUCGGUGUGAACAGAGAUCUUACAGGACUUGCGGUGGAAAGAAGAAUGUGGUGUUGAGCCAAGUUUCUGCACUGUCAGUCUCACUUUUGAGGAGACCCAGCCUUGCCUUGAACAAUGGAAUAUCAAGCAGGGCGGCCAUAUCUUAUUUCACUAUAACCUUUUGUCGCAUGGGACAAACUGAGUGUUGGUACAUUCAAGAUUAGGACUUUGUAGAGGUGUCACAGUGGCGAAUAAAGAUGGAUGAAGUUCGAGUGGGAUCCGAUGCCUCUCGUGUUGAGGCUCAAUCGGGGUCCUACACUUACCCACCAUGUUUUUGCUGCAAGCUGUGGUUUUACUGCGAAGCUACGCACGGCGGGGUGAACAAUAAUAUUGACAAGAAAACGAGUUGAGUUUGUCGCAAGUUUGUGGAUGGAAAGGAUGGACUACAAGAAGGUCAAAAUCUUAAAGUGUAGAGCAAUUUCUGUCUGAUCGUCCACUGUAUUAGUUGCGAUCUUCAUUUUUCAAAAAAGUCAAUUGUGGUCAUGCGGACGGUCACUUUAAAUUCCAGUCGGGAAACGAUUGUUGGUUACGAAACAAUCGCGUACGUAGCUUGCGAGGUUCAAGCUUUCGCUUGUCGUCGUUGUGUAGUACCGUCUCGGGUGUUAGUGGAAAUGUAAAAUACGCUUCAUCUACUACGGUCUUAAUGUUGCAGCUAUGCUAUCCAUGAUGAUAUGUCAUUUUAACUCGGCCCCAUCUUUGGACAUAUCGUAACAUGUACAUAAGGUUACAA